AUGAUUUGGGUUCCGAUCUUGUUAUUUCUACGGCUAGUCGCGCAUAACCCACCUGUAUUUUUCCUGCUUUCAGGACCCAAGGGAGAACCAGGCCAAACUAUUACAGAGGCUGGGCCACCGGGAAACCCCGGCGCUCCAGGCAGAGAUGGCGAAGUCGGCCUUCCAGGUGAUCCUGGGCAGCCGGGACAACCUGGCGCACCUGGAUUCCCUGGGCAAAAAGGAGAUCCAGGGUUCCCUGGCAUUGGACGUCCGGGUCCACCAGGGCCUAAAGGGUUCUCCGGAUUGCCAGGUCCCGCUGGAGAUGCAGGUAACCCAGGAAGACCAGGUCUGGAUGGACCCCCGGGGCCACCUGGAAUGCCAGGACAAAAGGGGGAUCGUGGUCUUGGUGUCCCCGGACCAGCUGGGCCCCCUGGACCACCAGGUUUUAAAGGAACUCAGGGCCCCAAAGGAGAUCCUGGUUUCCCAGGAAGCCCUGGUAUUCCUGGGCGUUCAGGUUUUGAUGGAACUCCGGGCCCCAAAGGGGACCCUGGGCCACGUGGCCAACCUGGCUUAGUAGGACCUCCAGGUUUCCCGGGGAUUGGUGGCCAAGGUCCACCUGGCUCACCUGGGCCUCCAGGACCUGUGGGUCCACCAGGCCCAGCAGGAUUACCAGGGGCGUCAGGCGAAAAGGGAGAUCCUGGCCCACCCGGAUUCGACAGUCCAGGCCCUCCCGGUGACAGAGGCUCCCCCGGAUUCCCUGGAGCGCCUGGCCUCCCGGGGCCUCCAGGUCCAGCUGGACCACCAGGACGAGAUGGCCUCCCAGGAUUUCCAGGUGGCAAGGGCGAGAUGGGAGUGAUGGGUGCACCGGGUCCUCAAGGGUCCCCUGGAACUCCUGGCCGAAGUGGCCUCCCUGGCCUCAAAGGCAACGAUGGUUUACCAGGCCCGCCGGGCCGGCCAGGGCCUGCAGGGCAAAAAGGUACCAAGGGCGAGACAGGCCUGCCGGGACUGCCGGGACAAGUUGAUCUGGAUAAGUUGGGUUCCAAAGGAGAGAAAGGAGAGCCGGGAACACCAGGGAUACCUGGCUUAACAGGGCAGAAGGGUUACCAAGGCAUCCCAGGCGACCCAGGGCUUCCCGGACUAUCUGGGCCACCAGGAAUGCCUGGACUGCCAGGUCCCAAGGGAGACCUGGGCGUAGUCGGACUGCCUGGACCAACUGGGCCCCCUGGACAGAAAGGGGUCAGUGGCGAAAUGGGACUCCCAGGUCCGCCUGGUGUAAAAGGGUCACCCGGCCUCAUGGGACGGCCAGGCCAGCCUGGGGCUCCCGGAUUUUCUGGACUGAAGGGGGAGAAGGGCGAGCCCGGCCUUUCCGAUAUCGGCAUCCCGGGGCCACCUGGCCCAAAGGGAGAAGCAGGUUUGCCAGGAUUCCCAGGUAGCCCUGGCCUCAAAGGUUCUCCUGGCAGUGCCGGUUUGCCAGGUUUUUACCGGCUUUUAACCCCAAUGAUUUCUGAGUGA